UCCCCGCGAGUCGAUAAAAACUUGUUUGUGUAGCAAUUUCUCUUUCUUUGUACUUGGGGAUUCCUUGAUAAAAUGACCGUGUGAACAACCGGGUCAGAUGAACGGAAACCAUAUAAAUUAUGCGAAACUAAGAAAAGAAGACUCAUUCUAAAAAAUACAUGCGAAUAGUAAAUUACUUUAAAAAUGGCAAUCAAAUUAUUGUUGUGUGUAUUUUGUUCGUGUGUUGCUUUGUCCCAACAGUUUAUUAUUGUUAAAAACGAACUCGGUGAUGUGUUGUAUUUGCAACCAGUUUUAAGACAUAAAAGGGAUACUUCAUUAAGUGCCUCAGGACAGGGAAGCACAGUAACAGGUCUCACUGCCGAACAAAGUGGAACAAUUGCAAGUUUCGGUGGAGGAGAUCACGUAAUCGAAGCCGGAGGAAUCGGUCACAAAACUCUUGGUGGGCCCGUUUCACUCGGAGGAUCGCUCUCUUACAAUCAUCAACCCUCAAACACACAAUUAAAAAUAUCCGGAAUAAACACUCCGGAUUGGGGCAACGACGUGAGGGCUGAAGCAUCCCACACUAUUCUUUCGGAAGGUGGGGCUCAGCUGAGCGUGAGCGGAGGCGCCUCUCAACACUUGGGAGGUUUGCUAGGAAACACCAGGCCGGAAGCUAACAUCGGUUUGAAUUUCGAGUACCGCCCUCUAACUCCGGAUCUGCCACCAUUGAAUGCCGAUAUUCAGACAAUGAUUUGCAGAUUCACCACCAACAGCAACAACGACAAUUGUUAA